CCCCUGGGAGGAGUUAAGAAGCUAGGUUACUUGCUUCUGGGAGCCAAUCCCACCUAGUUGUCAAACCAGAGCUGUGGGUGACUCCGGAGAGAUGUAUUUCGUCUGGGCUGCGGGAAGCCCUCAGCCUCCUCGACUGGAGGCGGGAACCGGCGUUAAGCUCUUGCAGGCUGCCAGCGGGGAGCGCCACUCGCUGCUAUUGUUCAGCAACCACAGGGUGCACUCCUUCGGGGACAACAGAUGGGGCCAGCUGGGCCAGAGGAGAGAGCAAAGUACCGAUCAGCCAGAACCAAUUCAGGCACUGGCUAAUCUCCACGUUGACCUGGUGAGCUGUGGGAAGGCACAUUCUCUGGCUGUCUGCCAAAAAGGAAGAGUCUUUGCUUGGGGAGCUGGUUCUGAUGGGCAGCUGGGGAUUGGAGAAUUUAAGGAAAUAAAUUUUAUGCCUAUGAAAAUAAAAGCUUUGGCGGACAUAAAAAUAAUCCAAGUUUCCUGUGGACACUACCACUCUUUGGCAUUAUCAGAAGAUAGCCAAGUAUUUUCAUGGGGAAAUAACAGUCAAGGUCAGCUGGGCCUGGGGAAGAAGUUCUGUUCCCAAGCCAGCCCACAGAAGGUGAAGUCCCUGGAGGGGAUCCCAUUGGCUCAAGUGGCUGCAGGUGGCACUCACAGCUUUGCUCUGUCUCUCAUGGGGACUUCAUUUGGCUGGGGAAGCAACAGUGCUGGGCAGUUGGCCCUCAGUGAAAAAAAUAUUGAGGUGAACAUCUACAAGCCUCACUCAAUCGGAGCUCUGAAGAAUCUGGGCGUGGUUUAUAUUAGCUGUGGUCAUGAGCACACUGCAGUGCUUACCCAGGAUGGACAAGUGUUUACAUUUGGAGGCAAUAGCUCUGGACAGCAACAUCACAGUCCCAGGAGUAACAGAAGAGGCCCACAACUCGUAGAAGGAAUUGGUGGCCAUGUUUCACAGAUAGAGUGUGGAAGUUAUCACACCAUUGCAUAUGUCUACACCACUGGUCAAGUGGUGUCUUUUGGCUGUGGACCAAGUUACACAAGCAACCCAACUCAUCAGAAGGCCCCAGCAGAGAACUCUCACGUUACCUGCCUUCUAUCUGCAGAAGAUCUUGUGGAUAUUGAAGUCAAAGACAUUUUUGCUGGAGCAUACACCAACUUUGUGACAACUCGUCAGGUAUUGCAUACUAGGUCCGCAAGUGACUCCAUGAAAAUCCUGCCAGAAAUAAUCCGAAUCAACCAGAUACUGGUAAAGAAAUGGAGAGCAGCAAAAAAACGGAAAAAGCAUGAAGAGGCCAAAAGAGAAAUCAGUUUGAUAUUUUCAUCUUCUACGUGUUUUACUGCAAGCUUUUUGAAGAAAAGAGAUACUGGAGAGAACAAUUUCAUUGAAGUGGACUUAAAACUGGCAAGGAAUGUCUUCAAGAAGUUAACAGAAGUAAAAUGGAUCUCUUCCUUGAUCACCACAUGUCUUAAGGAGAAUCUGCUCAGUGGCCUACCAUACACUUCUCCACAUCAAGAAGCUCUAUUGGUUUUUCUUUUGCUCCCAGAAUGUCCUGUGAUGCAGGAUCCUAAGAAUUGGAAAGUCCUGACAGUUGAAUUUGCAAGGGCUAUUUAUAAAAUGAAUCCACGAUCAUUAGCAUUCCUGAAAAAAUGUUGGGCAUCUUUAGAAGUUUCUUCUCUGAACAUACUGGUGGAGAUGCUAAAGAAAGCCAUUGUUUCUCAACUUCAUGAUACAGUUCCAACGGUGCCGGAUUGCUCUAACCUUAAAGUUCUUUUAGAAGUGAUGAAAGAAGUACAUAAGGCUAACCGUCAACUUUCAGAAAGUGCUUUCAUCAUAAGUGAGCUUCCUGCCAUCUUGAAAUCUCCUAGAGAUAACAAUCUGUUGUUUGUAGACUUUUUCAUCACUAUUGCUUCCGGUGAUUUUCUGUUUAUCUUUGAUUUGCCAUCCAAAAUUAAACUAAUGCAAUUUAACAUCACUGCAGAAUCGUGGUUCGAAGCCAUGGUACUUCCAGAAACUAUGGGACGCCCAUUCUUUACACUGAGAGUCAAACGAAGUCAUCUGGUUGAAGAUACCAUGCGUCAAUUAAGACAAGCUGAAGUCUCAGAGUUCAAAAAAGAACUAACGGUUGAAUUUAUUAACGAAAUUCGUGCUGAGAGUGGAGGGGUGAGUUCGGAGUUCUUCCACUGUAUAUUUGAAGAGAUGACAGACCCCAAAUACGAAAUGUUUGUGUAUCCUGAAAAGGGUUCCAAAAUGUGGUUUCCAGUCAAUCCUAAGUUUGAGGAGAAGAAGUAUUUUCUAUUUGGGAUCUUAUGUGGGCUCUCCUUAUGCAAUCUAAAGGCUGUCAACCUUCCUUUUCCAUUGGCUUUAUAUAAGAAACUUCUGAACCAAAAGCCAUCUUUGGAAGAUUUAAAAGAACUCAGUCUUCCCUUGGGGAAGAGUUUGCAAGAAGUUCUAAAUUGUGAGGCCUCUGACAUUGAAGACCUUCACAUAUAUUUUUCUAUAUACUGGAAUCAAAAAGAUGUUGAUUUAAUUCCAGAUGGCAUCUCUGUACCUGUGAAUGAAACCAACAAGAAAGACUAUGUUUUUAAGUGUGUCGAUUACAUUUUUAACAUCUCUAUAAAGACAAUUUAUGAGGAAUUUCAAAGAGGAUUUUACAAGGUGUGUAACUGGCAUAUAAUUAGGCAGUUCCAGCCUGAAGAACUAAUGACAGCAAUAACUGGAAAUGCUAAUUAUGACUGGAAACAAUUUGAAAAUAAUUCACAGUAUCACAAUGGAUAUCACAAAUCACAUCCAACUAUUCUACUGUUUUGGAAAGCUUUCCAUGAAUUAACUUUAGAUGAAAAGAAAAAAUUUCUCUUAUUUCUUACAGGAUGUGACAGGCUACACGUAAAAGGCCUACACUUGGAAGGGAUAGUAUUCCGUUGUCCUGAAACGUUCACUGAAAAAGAUGACCCAAGGUCAUUGACAUGUCACAGUAUUCUAGACCUGCCUAAGUAUUCUACAAUGGACAGAAUGAAGGAAGCACUUCAAGUUGCAAUCAACAGUAAUAAGGGAUUUGUCUCAUAGGAAUGAUGCUGAUCACCUCCCAGAAGUUCAGAUGGCCUCAGAAAUUAGGUCUUUGAUUUUGGUUCUUCUGUUUUUCCUUAAUCUAAUUAGUGCAAGAGGUUAAAUGAUUUUACUUACAAUCAGUUGGACAGUUUUUGAGAUAUAUAAGUUAUAAAUUAAUAUUGUAGUUAAACAAAAUUUUAUAAAACAUUUGCUGUAUUCCUUCCUAAACUUGCUAUUUUACAAUGCUUGUUUUGUCUGAAAUAUUUUCUGAACAACAAUUAUCACUUAAUAAUAAACUAAAUUUUAAAAUUAUUCAGCAUUGGUGGCUAAAGAGAGAGGUCAGUGGUUAAGAUCACUGGCUGGUCUUCCAAAAGACCAAGGUUCAAUUCCCAGCACCCACCUGGCUGUUCCUAUAUCCCACCUGUAUCUCUAGUUCUUGGGGAUCCAACUUUCUCUUCUGGCCUUCAAGACACUGCAUGGAUAUAGUACUCAGACACCCAUGCAGACAAACACUCAUGCAUGUAAAUUAAAAAUAAAAUGAAAAAUAAAUAGAAUAGCAUUUAUUUAAAAUGUUACUGUACAUUAAACUAUUAAUUUGAAAGAAUCACAAGUUUGAAAAAUAAGCAAAAAAUACACUGCUUUCAACAUGUUUUGAAGUAUAUAGAUGUAGAUUUUGUAUUAAGGAUAUCUUUAGAGUUCUGAUUUUAGUAAAUGCUAACUAAUUUAUUUUUAUCAUCUCAGUGUUGAUGUUUAUGGUUCUUUGAACAUAUUUAUACUUAGUAGAGUGUUUCAGAAGUAAUUCUAAGUGUAGAUAAUGUUGUUUUGGUAAAAUACUGAGCCCAGUCAUGAGCUCAUACCUACUUGAACUUAGAAAAAAUGUGAAGAAGUUGAAACAUGCCUUAUUAUGAUGCUAUAGAUUAAAUUAACGAAGCAACAUAACUAUUAUGGAAAAUAAUCAAUACAUCUCGUAUACCACUUUUACUAAAUGUUAAAACUUAAAUUGCAUUAUACAACUUUGAAAUGAUUUUAUAAACUCAUAUAAUUUGUCAGAAGACUGACCUAUAGGCUGCUGUGACAGGUUCUCAUUUAAAAUUUCCUUUCCUGUAAGGAUAUUGUUUAACAUUUUACCAGACUUCACGUGUGAGCUGUUUAUUAGACUCCAGAGACACCAAAUAAACUACUAAAAAUAGAUCUUUAAAGAUUAUAAAAUGACUAUCACCAACAGCAACAACAAAACAAGUAAGUCGCCAGUAGAUGAGAUACUCUCUGAAGCCAGCUUUGCUCCAGUACCACACAAAGAUGUCACAGAGAGAGAAAACCGUAGGUAUUGUAUGAAGCAGAUACCAAAAUCCUUCACUAAAUUUUAACAUACUGAGCACAUCCAGGAAAAUGGGAAAAGGAUAAUGCCUUACAACCAAAUAUGAAGUAAGGCAGAAAUGCUCUUAAAAUCAACUGUUUUCACCAGAUUCAUAGGAAAGAAUGCCUGUGUAAUACCUGAGAAUAGGUAGAAAAGAAACUGGGCAAAAUUUAAAACCUAGUCAUGUAAAAAGCAAACAAAGGCUAAAGGAAUCUGCCAACUUGAUAAAAACCUAUAUACAAUUAAUUUCUUAAUGGCAAAAGAGUGAAUGCUUCCCACUGCCAAGGAGGUAAAAAGGCCUAUCACGUCCAUGUAACAUUGAAUUCAGGUUAUCAAUCUGUAUGAUAAACUAAAGAAAAUAAAAGACAUUAAUUAAAAAACAAAGAACAAAACUGUCUUAUUUUUUACAUCAUAUUAACCAUUUAGAAGAGACUACAAAAAAGCAGACUAAGUAAAUACAGAAAGAGAUCAAGACUUAAGAUCACAAACAUAUAUUGAAUUUUUUAAAAAAGCAUCAUUUACAAUAUAAAAAGUAGAAAAUACCAGAGGGUUAUUUUUAAAAGUUAAAAAAAAUUAUAAUGAAAGUUAUAUAUAAAGAAGUCUUAAAUUAGUAUGUAUGAAGAGAUCAUAUUUACUAAUAGCAACAUGUCUUUUUUUUUUGUUAUGAGCCUAGCCUUUAAUGGCUGAGCCAUCUCUCCAGCCCAGAACAUGUCAUUUUUUGAAGUUUGUUUUUUUUUGUGUGUGUGUGUGUGUGUGUGUGUGUGUGUGUGUGAAUGGUGCUUGUUUGUGUGUAUGUGUUUGUAUAUCUUUGUGUGUAUAUAUGUGUAUCUGUGUGUAUAUGGUAUAUGGUUUGUGUGUGUCAGUGUGUAUAUGGUGUAUGGUGUGUGUGUGCCUGUGUGUGUGCACAUUCACACAUGUGACUGUCUCUCUGUCUGUGUCUGUGUGUGAGACUUGCUGUGUUGCUUGCUGUUUUGAGAGAUUGGUUUGUCUCUGACCUAGAAAAGCUGGGACUACCAAUUAGUAAUCCCAGUUAGCUGGGACCACAAUAUGUGGUCAUUUAAUUUAAUUCUAGCAAUUCAUUUUGAAGAAACUAACAAACUGAUCCUAAUGCACAUUAUGCAAAAGGCUCAGAACAGUGAAGAUAAUUUUAAAAAGAGCAACAUUAAAGGGUAUGUGGUUUGGAUGAGAAUGCCUCAAUAGGUGAGGGUAUUUGAAUACCAGUUUGUGGCCUUGUUUGAGUGGGUUUAGAGAUGUGGCCUUGCUGAAGGAAGUAUGUCACUAAGAGUGGACUUUGGAGUUCAUUCUCAGUUUGCAUGGUCUGCUUUCUGCUCAUAGAUCAAGGUCUAAGCUUCCAGCCGAAGCCACCACACUUGCUUGCUUGUCUGCUGUCACACUUCCCCACUGAGAUUGUGAUGGACACUCUGGAACUAUAGCUCCAAAUAAACCUCUCUUUCUAUAUA